GGUUGGCGAUCAACCUCGUAGGUUCAGGGGUGCCAUUAAUUUCAUGUGAGAUUGCUGGGCCGACCGGACUUGGACCCCUCGAAAAAAGCCGUGCAUGCCACUUCCGCACCCCCCCGAGCGUAUGGUCCAGUCAUGCAAGGAGAAGACGCGCUGUCCGAUCAAGUGCGGCUCGUUGACCUCAUCGACUUCUCCUGCGCGUCGCUUUUCCUUCGACUGAAUCCUCUCGCGAAAUAUUACUUUCUCGAUUGUUCGUCAAUAAUUGUCAGUCACAUCGACGUUCGCCCGCCAUGCCAGCGCGAACACUUCCUACGUUGCCCUCCGCUGAGGUGGCGUCGCAUAACUCGGCCAAAUCAUGCUACAUCACAGUCGGAACUAAAGUUUACGAUGUCACAACAUUUGUGGAGGAUCAUCCGGGUGGCGGAGACUUGAUCCUCGACUAUGCCGGCAAAGAUGUCAAGGAAGCCAUGGAAGACGAAGUCUCUCACGCUCACAGCGAAAGCGCUUGGGAAAUCCUGGACGACUACCUCAUCGGAUUUGUGGCAACAGAAAAAGUCCUGGAGGCUGCCAUGCACAGUAGUGAUCCUUUCAGCAUUCUCCCGAUGGAGCCGAGUGCGAAAGGCAUGGAGGAACUGAAGCGCGCAAACACGGGAGCCAAAGAGGAGGUCGAAGCAAGGGACAGUGUCACAGUUGGGGAUGUCGACGGGGACAAGCCAGUGUAUGAGAGGACAGGCAUCAGCAGCGAGGAAGACUUGAGCAAGGACACCGACUUUGUCAACGACUACAAGAAACACAAGUUCCUUGACCUCAACAAGCCCCUGCUCUUGCAAGUUUGGUAUGGCGGAUUCAGCAAGAAGUUCUACUUAGAGCAAGUCCAUCGGCCACGACACUACAAAGGUGGCGAGAGCGCUCCACUGUUUGGCAAUUUUCUAGAGCCACUGUCGAAGACCCCGUGGUGGGUAGUGCCAACUGUCUGGUUGCCAAUGGUGGCAUACGGGACAUUCCUCGCCGCACGACAUUUCUCUCCUCUGGUCACAGUCGCGUAUUGGCUGGGCGGUCUUGGAUUUUGGACGCUUGUAGAGUACGGACUGCAUAGAUGUCUUUUCCACCUGGACGACUAUCUUCCUGAUCAUCGCGCUGCGCUGACUCUUCACUUCUUGCUGCACGGCAUUCAUCACUACUUACCCAUGGAUCGACUACGCUUGGUCAUGCCACCUACUUUGUUCAUUGUUCUGGCAACACCGUUCUGGAAGCUUGCGCAUACGCUGUUCGCUUAUGACUGGUAUGCUGCCGUUGCAGUCUUCUGCGGCGGAGUGUUCGGGUACAUCUGCUACGAUUUGACACACUACUUUCUUCACCAUUCAAAUCUGCCCUUCUACUACAAACAGCUCAAGAAGUAUCACAUGCAACAUCACUUCAUGGACUACGAGAAUGGAUUCGGAGUGACCAGCCGCUUUUGGGACACGGUGUUCGGCACAGAGUUGCCACCACCCCCGAUUCCGAAGAUCAUCAAAUCUGUCUGAAGUUGCUUCGUGGUUUUUGUCGAUGUCGCAUUUUGCAUUCUUACCUGGUCAUGAAGUCCGAUGUACAUCUGCUAGAAACCUUUGAAACUAGAUAAGAUACCUAUUGUAAUGUUAAUGGGAGUACCUGAAAAUUAUAUACAACUACACGGAGCCUGAUCAUAGACUCGAGAACAUCCAGGCCC